ACAUCAGUGGAUGUUCAGCUUGACAGUAACACAGACAGAUCUUCAAGACUUCCUCUCCAGUUGUUCAAUAUAAUCACAGGCAAACAGGCUCAGAAUAACAUAGCGCCACACCACGCCGAGGUGUUCCCUGAUGAUAAUGAAAGACAGAAUGAAAGGAAGAAGAACAACGCAAAUGUCAAGAACAAGGAGAAUACACUGAAGUCUGCUCCAGCCGCGGUUGCGCAGCAGGUGAAAUCACACACGGCGCUGGAGAGGGCAUUGUACGACCUGUCACACACAGAGUGGGUGAUGAACGACGUCAUUCUGGGACGGAGGGUGGCGUUCUAUGCGUUGAGAGGAGAGAUCGGAUGCGGAAAUUUCUCCAAGGUCAAACUGGGGAUUCAUGAUCUGACAAAAGAGAGAGUGGCAGUCAAAAUCCUGGAUAAGGUUCGGCAAGACAAGCAGUUGCCCUCGCUGUUUGCCUCUGAGAUCUCCUGUAUGGAGAAGCUGUCCCACCCUAACAUAGUGUGUCUCUACGAGGUGGUAGAGACUUUCAAGCGCGUGUACCUAGUCAUGGAGUACGCCAGCGGAGGAGAGCUGUUCACCCAUAUCGCCACCAGAGGGCCCCUGUCUGACCUGGAGAGCAAGCUUGUCUUCGCCCAGGUCGUGUCAGCUGUCAAACACAUGCAUGAUAACAAUAUUGUGCACAGGGACCUGAAGGCAGAGAAUGUGUUCUACACAACCAGCCACUGCAUUAAGGUGGGUGACUUUGGGUUCAGUAGUGUUUGUCACGCCGACGAUGCCCUCCGCACCUUCUGCGGCUCUCCACCAUAUGCCGCUCCCGAGCUCUUCAAAAAUAAAAGCUACGUUGGUCAGAACGCCGACAUCUGGGCGCUGGGCAUCCUGCUCUACUACAUGGUGACGGCCACCUUCCCCUUCACCGCUGUCAACCUGAGCAGGCUCAAGGCCUGCAUCCUCCAAGGGUCCUACACUAUCCCAGCCUUGGUUCCCGAACCGUGCCAGCAAGUCAUCAAAGGCAUCUUGAGGUCCAUACCCGCAGAUCGCCUCCACAUUGCACAGAUCAUGACCAGCGGCUGGCUGACGGGUGUAGACUACCCUCAGGCGUACCCCAACGCUUGCCUCACGCCUGCCCCCCUGGCCGAGCCCGGGCGGACCCUGAGCCUGAGCGAGCUGGACGUGAAGGCAGCCCUCCAGGAUCUGGGCAUCACGGAGGCCCACCUGCUGACCCACAGCUGCCUGGACCUACGGAGUCCCAUCACAGGGGCCUACCGCAUCCUGCUGCAUCGCAUGCACAAGAGGAAGACGGUGGAGGCCAUUGGCUUCAGCUCCAUGUAUCCCAAAAAGCUCCCUGAUAGGAGGAGAUGGAGCGAGACCACGGUAGCCAUGGUGAAGAAGACUCCCUCGGCCGUGUGUGUCAUCGUGUAAAAAGAAAUACUGAAAAUAUGAAGUAAUACAAUUUUGUCCUUAGAUAGAAUACAAGACAGUUUGUUGAAUUGUGUUACAUU